AUGAGGGGCGCCCUGGUCCUGCUGCUGCUGGUGGCUUGGGCUCACGCCGAGCACCGAGGUAAAGACUAUGUCCGGGACAAAGUGUGUCAGGAGUACAGGACCAUGGGGAAGGAUGACUUCCGAGCCCUCACAAUUAUCAUGAACAGCAAGAAGUUCUCCAACGCCACCUUCGAGGAGAUCAGCCACCUGGUGCGCGAGAUAGUCUCGCUGGCCGAAACCUGCUGCGCCGAGGACGCCGACCCCUCGUGCUACGACGCCGGGUCGUCGGCGCUGUCGGCCAAGUCCUGCGACGCCAACGCGCCUUUCCCGCGGCACGCCGGCACGGGCGCCUGCUGCGUCCACACGGGCCUCGAGCGCAAGCUCUGCCUGGCCGCCCUGCAGCACCCGCCCCGGGAGCUGCCCCACUACGCCGAGCCGGCUGGCGACGAGCUCUGCGCCGACUUCGCCAAGGACCCCAAGGACUUCGCCGACAGGUUUCUCUAUGAGUACGCCAGCAACUACGGCCAGGCGCCGCUGCCCGUGCUGCUGGGCUCCGCCAGGAGCUUCCUCUCCAUGGUCUCCACGUGUUGCAUCUCCCCGGCGCCCACCGUCUGCUUCUUGAAAGAGAAACUGGAAAGAAAAACCCUCUCCCUGCUCACUCUCCUGUCACACAGGGCUUGCUCCCGCUUCGCGGCGUAUGGCGAGGACAAGAUGAAGUUCAGCUACCUAACAAUGUUUGCCCAGAAGAUACCAAGUGCUUCAUUUGAGGAAAUUUUCCCCCUAGCAGAAGAUGCCGCCAAGGUGUCCGCCCAGUGCUGCGGCUCCAUGGCUGAGGACUGCAUGCACAGGAAGCUGUCGGAGCACACGGCCAAGGUCUGCGAGGCGCUCGCGGCCAAGGACGAGCGGUUUGCUGACUGCUGCAAGGGGAAGAACGUGAUGCAAAACUACUUCUGCAUCUCUGCCCUGAAGCCGGCCAAGUCCCCCCAGCUGCCGGAGCUCCAGGAGCCGACCAACGCGCACUUGUGCAGUGCGGAUGGGGCCCUGCACUCCUCCAGGUACCUGUUCGAGCUGGCGCGGCGGCACCCCAGCGUCCCCGACGUCUUCCUCAGCAAGCUCUACGACGCCUGCAAGGAGGUCCGCAGGGAGUGCUGCGCCGCCAAGGACGCCUCCGCCUGCCUCGACGGCAAGAAGCAGCAGGUGAAAGGCGAGCUCCUCACCUUUCUGGCCAAGGCCGACGAGCUGUGUGGCCAGUACACCAAGCUGGACUUCCUUGACUUCAAGAAGAGGCUGACGGAGACCUUCAAGCAGCGUGCAGGAGGCGCGAGCCCCCAGCGCCUGGCAGAGCUGGCGGAGCAGAGGGCUGACUUCGCCUCUACCUGCUGCCCCUCCAACGCGCCGCCCCUCUACUGUGCCCAGCAGAUCAGCGCCGAGAUGGGGCAGGAGUGUGGCCGUGGUUCCUGCCUGCUGCUGUAG